GCUGGUCAGGAAUUGGUCAGGAGCGGACGGGCGCUGUAGAGGAAUCUCAAAACUUUCCCACUUCAGGAAAAGUUUAUUUUUAUUUUUUUGCUUCGCUGGGUCAGCUCUCUCUCAACCUGUAACUGGAGGUGUUAAUAACUUCUGCGCUUCCUUGUCCUGUUUUGAGGAAACAAAAAUAGAUGCAAACGACUGACUGGAAGCGAGAGGAAAACUUUAGGAAUGAUGCCCGAACGGCUGCAUCCCUCCCUCCUCCGAAACUCAGCUAAGGUGGCUAACGUUAGCUAGCACAGGAACCGCUCGCUAACGGGUGGUGAGAAACUUUUCUUCAACCUUAACAAGUCAAAGUUAGUUUAGCUGUUGCAGAAAAAGACGCGUGAGUAUUAAAAAAAGGUUGUGAAAGUAAAAUUAUCCUGGCGCAGUCCAGGUUAUACAAUAAAGCUAAUCAGCUAGCUUAUUGGAUCAGAAUCCGGUAAAGUCGCAAAAAGGAUUCAAUAAUACGACAUAGCUCUAGUUUAUUAGCGACUCCAUCAUGAAAAGAGCACAGAGGUUCAACGAUUCAAUAAACAUUGAUUAUGUUUUGACCUAACUAAACAGCAUCAUCUGUAGAGCUCGGACAGAGAUGAGAGAGCUGACCAUUGCAUGCUGGUUAAAAGUGCUGCCUGCUAAAUCACAAUGUCAUUUAACUGCGGAGCUCCGAAGGAAACUUUUUAAAGAAGUUGCUCUGACUGCUGUUGUUUGCUGCUUUUUUACCUUCCUUUUUGUGUGUUGGAAUUAGACUUUUGUUUAGUAAACUUUGCAUAUUGGAUCCUACCUCCUCUUUGGCUUCUCUUCACCAGCACUAAACCAGAGGCUUCAUGAUGAAGGUGACAGUCAAUUUUGGACAGACAGGUGUAGUUGUGCCUUGCAAGGAUGGAUGGACUGUGAGGGACCUGAUCCAGCAAGCCACCCAGAGAUACAGGAAAAUACUGGAGCAGGAGGGGGAUUUUCUUGUUCGAACCCACCAUGUAGAAUACUGUGAUGGUGGUAUACUGGACCCUGAUGACAUACUCAGUGAUCUGGUGGAGGACAAAGACAAGCUGAUGGCGGUAUACGAGGAGCAGGAAGCCCAGCAGAGGGGUGUGACUGACUCGAGCCUGACCCCGAGUCCUGACCUGCACCAGGCGGAGCCCUCUGUUUUCCAACCAGUCACAGGAGGAGAGAUUGAAGUCAAUUCUUCAGCACUCAAAUCUAACACACCCCUUCUGGUGAGGAGUAGCAGUGACUCAGCCCUCAGCCCGCAAUCAACAGAUACCGAGCCCUCCUACAGCGAGGAUAGCAGCAACAUGGCGGCCAGUCCUGAUGUGGAGGGGCCUACUGGGAUGAAACGAGCUCAAGGCAAACAGACCUUUAGCAGCAGUCUGACCAGAACAGUAGAGAUCCCGGGGGAAGACAGUCCUCUUGGUAUCCAUGUAGUUCCCUACUGCUCUUCAUUCAGUGGACGGUCUCUUGGUCUGUAUAUCCGUGGUGUGGAAGAAGAGAGCCGCUCAAGAAAGGAAGGCUUGUUUAAAGAGGAUGAGUGCAUUGUGAAAAUCAAUAACACUGACCUCAUGGACAAGACAUUUAGCCAAUCUCAGGACAUCUUUCGUGAGGCGAUGCGGUCCCCACUUGUCCGUUUGGAAGUCGUGUCCUCAUCAAACAGAGAGCGCUAUGAGAAAAGUCUGAUUGGUCAGCUUUUGGUCAACAGUUCGGCUCCAAACAGCAGCCCUCAUCAAGUCAUCAAGACCAAACAACCACCACCGCCAGUCAAAGCCAAACCUGUGUUUAAACCUCCUGAAAAUUUAACUGCAAGAGUGGGAGAAGAACCUCCCGUUCUUGAAGCUGUCAACAGCCCUAAGGAAAGGGGGGAGAGCCCCCUCCACAGGAAAAGUCCUGCGCUGUCCAGUUUGGUGUCCAAUAAAAGAGGAGGACGAAGGCUGCAGAUUGACUUAAAGAAAGGUUCAGAGGGUCUCGGAUUUACUGUUGUAACCAGAGAUUCCUCAAUACACGGCCCGGGUCCUAUUCUAGUGAAAAACAUUCUGCCACGAGGAGCUGCUGUCAAAGAUGGACGGCUUCAGUCUGGAGACCGCAUCUUGGAGGUAAACGGUGUGGAUACCAUCGGGGUGGGCCAGGAGGAGCUAGUGUGUAUGCUCCGCAGCACUCGUCAGGGGGAGACUGUGUCCCUGGUGGUCUUACGGCAGGAUGAGAUGUUCCUCCCCAGAGAAAUGAGAGAUGAGCUGUCUCCUGUGCGUGGCAUGGUCUUAGAGAGCGGGAAAGAGCAGCUCAUGUUUGAGGUUCCCCUCAAUGACACCGGCUCGGCAGGACUUGGCGUCAGUCUGAAAGGGAACAAGUCCAGGGAGACGGGGGAGGAUCUGGGAAUCUUCAUCAAAUCCAUCAUUCAUGGAGGAGCUGCGUACAAGGACGGGCGGCUACACAUCAAUGACCAGCUCAUCGCUGUAAAUGGAGAGUCGCUGCUAGGACGCUCCAACCAUGCUGCCAUGGAGACGCUCCGACGGUCGAUGUCGCAGGAGGGAAACGUCAGAGGAAUGAUUCAGUUGGUGGUGCUGAGGACUUUAAAGGAUCAAUAUGACGUUUCACCCAACCGCUCCUUCGACAGCUCAUCUGGCCUGUCGGGACUUAUCAGCCCAGCCAAAGGCCAAGCAUCCGAUUCUGUCCAGCCCCCACUGGUGUCCAACCCCAUCUAUUCCUGUAGUGUGACCAAUGGGAGCUAUUUUCACAUGGAUGAAGAGGAAGAUGAGGGAGAUCUCUACAGACAAGAUGCUGAGAUCAGCAGCUCUAACCACCGCUCCUUUUUACAGGAAAGUGAAACCUCCAAGACUUCUCCUGUAGCCCAGCCCCAGUCUCCCACCCAGAACCAGAAUCAGCUGAAGUUCCAGCACAUCAAACCAUCUAAAAGCAUGGACCUGGGUACGACUCAAAACCAGCAUCACAUUGUGGCAGAUGAGAGCAACGUCGGAUCUCUGGAUGGCCGGACUUCUGCAGCUCCUUCAACUCCUGUUGAGCUCGGCCCAAUUCUCGGUUUGGAGAAGUCUAGUUCCUUGGAGAGCCUCCAGACGGCCAUGUCAGAGGUUAACAAGAAAAACGAACUCCUCCCUUUCCACCGUCCUCGCCCAAAUAUGGUCAGAGGAAGAGGAUGCAACGAGAGCUUCAGGGCAGCUAUUGAUAAAUCCUAUGAUGGCCCUGCAGAAGAUGAUGAUGAUGAAGGUUCGGAGUUGAGUUCAGGCCGUGACACUCCUGCCAGUAGUUCAUCCCGCCAGGGACUCGCUGAUCACAAAGAAGAGAAAGGUAAAAAAGAGAAGAAUAAGAAAGAGAAAAACAAGAAGACAGAAAAGACCAAGAGUAAAGUGAAGGAGAAGAAGAAAGCAGAAGAGCCAGAGGAAACAGAAAAGAAGAGCAAGAAAACCGUCUUUGCUCUCCUGAGGUUUGGGAAGAAAAAGGAGGAGAAGAAGGAGGCAAAGGCGGCUUUGCAGCGACAGAAAUCAGACAUUCUGAGCGACCUGGAGCUGGAGAGGUUGAAAGAAGACAGAGAGAGGAUUGAAGCAGGGCAUCCUGAGCUGCGUGAACAAUUGUCUAGAGAGCAGCCGGGUGGCGGAGGCACAGGAUAUCCACAUUUCGAGGAUGAUGAUGCAGACCCAAACUAUGCCAGAAUACAGUCCUUCAGGGACAGAGAGAUGGGUUCAGGGCCACCGCCGCUGCCUCAGUCGCCCGUCUACAGUGCAGUUCAGCACGCUCACGCACGCACACCUUCACCACAGGGCCCCCCCAGCUUCCCAGCACAUGGGAAGCAUGCUAAUGAAGCUGGAGUUCUCCCAGACGAUGACCCCCUUGAUAGGCUGUAUGCCAAAGUUAACAAACCGAGAGGUUCUGGAGCUGCGUCACCGCUCAGCCCUUCGCCAGCUCCCCCACAUGUAGGGGACAGCAGCAUGGACCGCAUCCAGCUGCUAAGAAGAGAGUAUCAGCAAGCGAGGCGAGAAGGCAUGGUGCCACCAUAUGAAGAACUUGACCCCAGACACAGAGGACAUGACAGCGACCCACACAGGAUACCAGGAAGAGGGACAGAUCCACGUCUGACACCAAGAUAUGAAGAGGUGGAACGUCAGUAUGCAUCCUUACCAAGACGAGGGCCGAUGGAUCCCGCUGAAUACCCAAUGCAGCCAUGGUCGGGUCAUUACCCAGGACCUCCCCCAGCACAGCAGGGGUACCACGCUAACCAGUCGCCAACUUAUGCCAACAUCAACUCCCAGUCUGGUCCAUCAUUCUCCAGCUUCCAGCCUGGGCCGCCUUACCAACAGCAGAGAGACCCUCGAGGGAUUGAACCUGGUUUCUACCCUCACCCUAGCUCCCAGCAGAGAGGACCCCUGCGGCAGGACGUGCCUCCAUCUCCUACCCCUCCACUGCGGGCGCCACGGUACGACUCUAUGGCGCGUGGAACUGUGGGUGGAGGUUACAGGUAGGAGACCAUUCGCAGAUGAUGACAGCUUCAGGCACCAAAUGGAUCAAAGCACCGACCAGUAUGGCUAUACUGGGAAUAUAGGAGGACAGCAGCAUCAAACCAGCUCCAGAUGGAGGAUUCCUGUCACCCCAACGUCCUCCAUCUGAAACAUGCAGACUUCACCAAACAUGUUGCAGCUUUUUCUACUAUUAAUGCUAAAUGAAUCAAACAAGCAGCGUCAUUCUGUCUGUGUGAAAGACAAAGAUACCUGUUUGACUUUUAACAGUUUUCUGAAUCACUCUAAGAAUAUUUUUUUCUUUUUUUGUUUGUU